AUGUCAGUGAAUACAUCAAGCACACCGGAUGGACGUGGAGUAUUAAUUUAUAAUGGAGAAAUGAUAUUGGUUUAUACUGAGGAAGUGAGCUGCCAUUUUGAUAAUGGACCGGAUAACAUUUUCAGAGGAAAUAAAUCCGGAAAUUUAUACCUAACUAGCCAUCGUGUCAUUUUCAUUAAUCGGAAAAAUGAUUCGCUACGUUCAUUUUCGAUGCCAUUCCAUUGCAUGAAAGAUGUGAAGCUUGAACAACCAGUUUUUGGAUCUAAUUUUUUGAAGGGCAUUGCUAUAGCUCAGCCUGGUGGUAAUUGGAGUGGACAGGUGACUUGGAAAUUAACAUUCACCAAAGGAGGAUGUAUUGAUUUUGGAAUGGCAUUGUUAAAGGCUGUGGACAUGGCGCAACGCUUUCGUCCAUACGGUUCACCACCAGCUUAUGCUCCACCACCUGGAAAUUAUUUUGCUGCACCACCAGCAUAUUAUAUACCUCCGGGAGGAAAUUAUAAUGGUUUCCAGGCUCCAACGAAUACUUUCCCCAAUCAUCCACCAGCUGGUGAUGUUUAUAUGUACGAAGCACCACCACCAUAUUCUGGUAUCGGUCCAGAUCCCUCACCGAUACCAGCAGGACAGUUACAAGGCUAUGGGGUUGCACCAACCGCUCCGUCACAGCAGCAGAUGCAAGCACCACCGCUUCCUACUAAAAACACAAUUGUAGCAAUGCAUCCAAUGUCUAUGUCGUUUGGUAACGACCAACAGGAGGCAGUUGCAACUGAUGGAAAUUUCAUUGCUAAUAAUGAUAUUAUUAUUUCUGAUUUUGAUCAGACUUGCCAAAACGGUAUUCUUAAUAAUGCAAUAACGGUUGAAGGAAAUAAAUUGAACGAAACAAACAAUUAUCAAGCGGUUUAUUCAGAAUAUCAAUCUUCAAUUGGAAGUUCGGUAGGCAUGACAACACCAACUCUUCCACCUGCUUCUACACCAGUUUCUUACCAACAAUUAAAUCAGGCUUAUUUUAAUAUUCAUCAGAAGCAUCAAAUGUCACCGCAACAAACGAUUGCACCAGCGAAUCAAUUCGAUCAUAUCACAGUUAUGACAAAUUUGCAACAGCCGUCUGAUUUAUAUACUGGUAUGCCCGAGAUCCCUGUGUCUUCAGUUUCUAAUGGAGUAACUUAUACGGUUCCUAAUUCAACAAAUAAUACGGCACUUCAAAUUUAUCCUCCGUCGGCAAUAACGCAGCAAGUGCAGCAAUCGAUUCCAGCACUGAAUGCAAUGCCUCAAACAGUAAUGCAGAAUCGACCAGAUUACAAUAGCAUACAACGUUUACAAACCUCUCGUGCCAGUAAUAAUCGCACGAAAACGACGACAUAUCCAUCCAUAUUACCAGUAACUGGACGUGGUUCCAACCGGCAGUUUGCUAAUAUAUCGGUUGUUAAUGAUGAUGGACCAACUGUACGACAACAUUUACAACAGCAACACAGAGCUCGUCUACAACAACAAUUAGCCAUGCAAGAAAAAGCGAAAAUGGAUAAGGACGAUUUAAUGACCGAAUAUUCGGGUAUGUUAUCACCCGCUGUCGAUAAGAUGUUACCGGUAUCAACUACCAUGAAUUUAUCAGCACCGGGUUCAACGAAUAUGCUCGUCUCAGCACCGAUGAAUGUACCUGCAGCACCAUCAAUGAAUGUACCUGCCUCGUCAUCUACAAAUGUACCUGUUUCACCGUCGAUGAAUAUACCUCCGUCGUCCUCCAUGAAUAUUUCGCGUGUUUCACAGAUGCCACGACAGUACAUUCCUCGUUUGCCUCCUCAGAAACCACGAAUUAUAGCAGAUCGUGUUCGACGAAUGCCGAUGUAUGAUAACAAUGCAUAUCAACCAGCACAAUCAUUUUGCCCACAGAAGCAACGUUCUGCUGAAAUUCAUGAGGAAGCCAUUCAGCGCGCGGCUGCUGUUUACAAUCACAUCAAAGGGCAAAAGUAUCCUCCAGCCGUUGUUAAUCUUCCCCAGCCUAGAAAUGUGGCAUUUCCUCGAUCUCCCGCUGCAACAGCUAUUGCGGAGACAUCUGUUGAAACUGCCCAAAAGAAAUCAGCAGCAAAAAAAAGAAACCAUUCGACGAUGUCAGCUUCACAGGUCCGUGUUACUGUACUUGGGACACAAUCAGAACCAGCCACACAACAAAUUAUCACAGAAAGUGACCACGUCUUGCCGAUUCAUGGAAUUGCUGGUCUUCCGAAACAGUCUCGUAUCAAAAUGACUGAUAUGGGAUCUGGAAAAGAUGGUGUUUCUCGCACCGGAGAGGGAAAACCACCUUGGCAGUUCGUUCGCACAGCUAACAAUGGUGUCAGCAUCGGUACAUCGCAGAUCAGUAAUAAUAAUUUCCCUUUGCCAAUUGCCGAGCAACUUCUUACGGAAACAAUGCCUUCGUCUGCCAAUUGUCCAGAACUGGGCAUGAUGUCUGAUCCAUCUGAUUUGGUCACAGCUCCACCUAUUAUUACUGGAAAUGGUAGUCAACUCUCUGAAUCAAUACGUGAAGUAAUGGCACAGGUUGAUGAUGACGUGUUAAACUACACACGUGAGGCGCAGUAUGUUCGCAAACUAUACUUUAUGAAGCGACUGGUUGAAUCGCUUGUUAUUAAAAACGGCGCACUGUGUGACGAAGUAUCACGUUUGAAUCAACGCAUUCGAACAGUAGUGGAAGAAAGAAGAGUUCUGGCAAAACGAUUGCAGCAUCAUGAACGUAAUCGAAUUCGCAGAAUUCAAACCAAGUUAAAAAAGCAAGCAGCCGCUCGAGCUGCAAAAACGAAUGAACCGCAAGUAAUCAUCGUGUCAGCAGCGGGUGGAACAGAAGGAAGCCUACCACCUGGUGAUAUUGAAGCAUAUGAAAGUGACGAUUCUGAUAAGACAAUUGUUUCUAGCUGCGCGGCUUCCCCCAAUACGAGCGCAUCAAUGUCUCGUGUUGAAACGCCGGAACCAACUUCACGCAAUCAAGAAUUCAUAUCGAAAAUGAUGCUCGUCGAUACUGUUGUUCAGGAAGGUGGAAAAUUCAAAAUGAAAAGCGGUAUGCGUCGUCAACUUUCAACUAAACGUUCUCUUAUUGAUCGCAAAGAAAAAAAAGAUUUCAACAAAUUAAGAUUAUAG